AUGUCCAUGAUGGAUGACCCUUUUGUCACCAGCCCGGAAGGGGCGCGGAUCCCCCAGUCGACGAACCAGUAUUCCCCUUUCGAUGCGCAACUGUUCAACUUGGAUGCAGCCACUCCUGCGCAAGCGAAACGGGCACUCGAGGCCCAUUUAGCGGAAACCGAGCGCCGACUAGAAGAAGCGUCGAAGCUGGGAACUGCGCUCGUCGAGCAACGGAAGGACCUGGAGGAUAGGCUCAGAGAUGUGGAACAACAGCAGGAGGAGGGCCAGAUUGGAGAGGAUCUCCGCCGGAAACUGGCCGAUCUGGAGCGCGAGUACAAUGAAAUAGGCCAAGAGACCGCGCGAGCAUUCCUUGCACCAAAGCGCCAUGUUAGUGGAGAUGAUGGGCACUUAGGCACACCCUCUCUGGACCAGAAGUCGCCGUUAAGCUCAGCACUAUUCGCCGGCCAAGCUACCAACUCUCCGAGCAAAGUGAGCGUCCCAUCGCGUAAAUCGCGGAACCAGUCGAACCGCGUUCACGAUAUCGAGUUUGCCACCGAGAUAUCGACAUCUUUGCUUGCACAAGUGCGCCAACUGCAGUCAAUGCUCGCCGAACGUGAAGAGACACUUAAAACCGUGAAUCUGGAAAAGUCGAGACUGGAGCUGGAGGCUGAAGGAUAUGCACAGCGGAUCCGCGCUCUGGACGAGAGCGAGGAACGUUACAAGGAUGAGAAUUGGGCAUUGGAAACCAAGAUUCAUGAGCUCACCGCCGCCGCGAAGGAUGCUACAGACCGCGAAACGAAGCUUAACAGCAGCUUGGGGGCAGCAAAUGUGGAGAAAAGCGCCAUUGAGCGAGAGUUGGAGGACCUGAAACAAGCAAACGCGAAGCUCGUCGAGGACCACACGGCAACCCAGAAGGCAAAUGAUGCUGAAAUCAACCUUUUGCGCAGGAAUCUGACUGCGGGGGAUGCGGAGAAGCUGGCGCUUCAGCGCAAGCUCGAGGACAUGAACACGCAGAACCAAGAGCUCGCGAAGGCAGUGGCCAUGCGAUUGCGCCAGCAUGAGACUGAGUCCGCACGUGAAGUUGUCCGCCUACGCGAUUCCGACGAUGAAGACCAAGCCACGCCGGAGAACUCCCCGCCACCUUCGCCGAGCAAAUUCACACCUCGCCAUAAUCAUCUCGAGACCGAGACCUUGCGAAGCUCGCUUGGCCAUGCUCAUAGGAUGAUCCAAAACCUGCGAAGUACAGUUCACCGUGAGAAGACCGAGAAAAUUGAACUCAAGCGUAUGCUCCAAGAGGCUCGAGAUGAGGUCGAGCAGCGCCGCCGUGACUCAGUUGCUGCAAACGGACCCACAAACAAGCGGCAAAAGACGAAGGCUGACACGCGCAAGCCUGCACGUCCGGACCUGCUGGGUGCUGGCAGAAAGAAGGCCGAGGUCGAGAUCCAUGAUUCGGAUUGGGAAUCCAAUGCUGGCGACAUAAGCCCGACGUCCCACAAAGCGUCCAUCAACUCUCGGGCUUAUCCUGGAGACCAGUCAACUGAUGACCGUAGUGAUGCGUACCAGACUGCCACAGAGAACGAUGAUCCGUUCGAGACCGCCAAUGAACGGGAGACAACGACCGAAAGUGAAGCCUUCCAGACCGGCGUGGAGAGCAUGGCUGGCGAGAGCACUGAUAGCGAUGAGCUCACUGAGACUGAAGAUCGUAUCAACAGGACUCCCCGCGAACGUGUCUCGUCAUUGACUCUGGCCAAGGCUCGUGACCGAACAUCUUACUAUAGCACAGCCUCUACCUCUGCUGAUGAGGAUGAGAAUACAGACCCUGGAACACCAUCAGUUAGCCAGUUCUCUACUCCCCGCUACCGCCUGCGGAAGAAGAAGAGCGUUCUGCGCAAGAUCCGUCCUUCUGGCGAGGCACCGAUGGCCUUUAAUAGCCGACCCUCAAGUGCAAGAGAAUCCCCAUCGACAAGCUUCACACGAGAGACAUCCGCGGCCCCAGAAGGCCAAAGUCUCUUUGCUGAACUCGCUGAGAUUGAUGGUGAUGAAGAUGACUUCGGUCCGCCAAUGCAGUUCGAGGCAGUGUCGCCCUCCACCCCGCGCAUGCUUCCCGGCUUCGAUUCAAGGAGACCGUCUGCAGUUUCAAUAGAGUCUCCGCCGAAGCCGGCUAUGGUCGAUUCUGGCGUCAUGACAGAUCCUUGGGAACCCACUCCUUUCCUCGUUUCCCAGACGGAUGACGACUCUGUCAACAGCGCUCCCGUUACGCCCACAAAGCCAACAAUGUCCGAUGCCGGUACAGCCAUGGACAUGUCGGCUUCACCCGAGUUCGUUAGCUCAUCGACUCAGUGGACACCUAUGAAGUCUGAUGCGGACCUUAAUGGGGAUCGUGUCUUGAAUGUGCCUACGCCGCCGAAGAUGGCAUGGGACGGGCAGAUUCUGGACGGGCAGCGGGAAGUUAACGUACCUGACACUCCUACCACACAAAUGGAGCUGGACGUUUCUCCUAUCUCGUCUGAAGAGACCGAGCCAGUGGCGCCCACUUUCCCGGAGCUGAGCACAGCGUUCUAUGCGGGAAGUGCGACAGAACCCAUUGCUGCCAGUGUUCCCGUUCCUGAAGUAGCCUUGUCGUCAAUCUCGUCGCAGUCAAGUGAACCAGUGUCGCCCAUCGUUCCUGCUCUCACUCCUCGCGAGUUAGCCUUGUCCUCGAUUUCCUCGCAAUCCAGUGAACCGGUGUCGCCUGUCAUUCCUGCUCUUCCUCCGCCCGAGGUAGCCUUGUCCUCCAUCUCAUCACAAUCUAGUGAACCGGUGUCGCCCGUCAUUCCUGCUCUACCCGAGCCCACACCGAUAUACGUGCCGGAGAUGGCAUUCUCACAAAUAAUUGUGCAAGAUACGCUCCCUGUCCUCGCCAGCUUACCCGAGCCUGCUUCGGAACGAGUGCUGUCCUUCACCGAACAAGGAACGAGUACGGAUAUUGCAGAAUUCUCAGUUUCUGGUAUUUCCUCACAACAGACUGAGCCAGUUGAGCCUAUCUACGAGCCGAAGGAAGACGUGGCUAUCGUGAAUGAUGUUCCUGAGCGGGUGCUUUCCUUUACCGAGCAAGGAACUAGUACAGAGGAAGCUGAGAUUUCAUUUUCGAUCAUUUCGUCCGUUGAAACGGAGCCCAUUGAGGCAGUAUAUGAGCCUAAGGAAGAGGUUGCUAUCGUGGAGGACUUUGCCCCUGAACAGGUGCCGUCAUUUGCCGAACAAGGAACAAGUACAGACGUCGCCAAGAUUUCAUUUUCGGCUAUUUCUUCUGUCGAAACUGAGCCCAUUGAACCGGUUCAUGAGCCUAAAGAAGAGGUUGCCAUCGUGGACGAGGUUGUUCCCGAACCAGCCCAUCCUGUGCUGAGCAUCUCACUCACCCCUCCGGCGUACACCGAACCAAUCGCGCCAGAGGUUCAAGAAAUCGCCGUUCCACCGGCACCGCAGUUGGCGCUGUCUACGGUCAGCUCAGUCGAAACACCCCCUGUCGAGUACACACCAGACGUACUUGUCCUACCUACGCCACCAGCACUCGACGAAAACACUCCACUCAGCGGAAUGGCCAGCUCUGCUAAAGCAAUGAAGAGUGCCCCACCGCUUGUUGUCGUGGACGAGAACACGGGCAAAGUUACUGCUGAUGAGACGGUUACUCAACAGACUAGUGCGACGAGGCCUUUGGGUACGAUUUCUGGAAAUGCGGCUCCACGUCGCGCAAGGGCGUGCUCGUCCAACCAGGCCGACCAGGGUGCUCAGACCAUUUUGUCAGCCAAGCAAAUCGACCAGCUCCUUAUUGACCGCGCUUCUUCCAGACCACUUUCCCCUCCUGAUAGCGACAAAGCUAAGGAAAUGAGCAACUCACCUUUUGCUACGCCCAAGGCGCGAUCGCGUCCCGUCCCCCAGGCUUCCAAUGGCUCCCUCCAGAAGAGGCCAGGAAGUGCCGCAAGCCAAGCGUCAAGUGUGCAAAUUCACCCCCCCUUGCCUGCUGAUCACAAGGAAGCCAUCAUGGCCGCGGAAAAGAAAUCCAUCGAUCAACGCCCGUCUUCUGCUGGUUUGAUGGGCCCCCCACUUGCUCCUGCCUCCGCAUUAAGGGCCAACUCGGCCAACUCGGCGCAACGCCCCCGAACGCCGAAUGGAUCGGCAGUUCAGGUUGGCUCUGCACAGACAAUUACAUCAAAGGCCAGCAUGAGACGCGACAGCCAGAUGUCACGACGAUCCUCGGUGUCUUCCUUCGCGUCCGAACUGGAGGAGCGCUUCAACAUGCAACCCACCCCGGCUUUUGCCCCACAGGGCUACGCUGUUGGGACCGACCCUCGGAUGAUUCAAGCCAUCACUCAAACGAUGAUUGGUGAAUUCCUCUGGAAGUACACUCGCAGAGCCGUUUCUGGGGACAUUUCCAACACCAGGCACCGCCGAUACUUCUGGGUCCACCCGUACACGCGAACACUAUACUGGAGCGAACACGAUCCGCAGUCUGCUAGCAAGAGCGAGGGUCGAACAAAGAGUGUUUCGAUUGAAGCAGUAAGGGUGGUGGCUGACGACAACCCAUACCCACCAGGACUUCACUGCAAGAGCUUGGAAGUCGUUAGUCCUGGUCGCCGGAUCAGGUUUACCGCCACUACAAGCCAACGACACGAGACAUGGUUCAAUGCACUUUCAUACCUCCUGGUACGGAACGGUCCGGAGGAUGAAGAGGCAGAAAAUGGUGUUACUCUCGAGGAUAUUGAUGAGUUCAACCCCGGAUUCCGCUCUCGUUCCCGCCAAACCGCGCGCAUGUCGGUCUCCUCAUCGCAAAGCCGCGGCGCGGGGCGCUUGCCAAAGCAACGUUCAGGCUCAGCCAUGUCGUUACGACCCAGUAUGACACCCGGCCGUGCAUCGCCGUAUCCUCCAUCGCACUACUCAGACCAGGCAAGGCAGACGUCGACGUCCCGGUUGAGUACCAUCUUUAACUCGACGAUCAAGGGUUCCUUUGGACGAAAAAGCCCGUACGCGGCGUCCAGCCUGAACGAAGGUAGCAUCCAUGACCAUGGUAGUGUGGAGGACCUUCGGCACAUGAUGGACAGGGGCGACGAUGCGGACCGGCUCGAGAAUGUUCGUGCCUGCUGUGAUGGCAAGCACGACGUCAGCUCGCUGUCAAGGACGAGCCGCUACAGCCCUCGCGCCAACCGGAUCCACUCGCAUCACUAA